UGAGCAAUCAUCUUUUUUUCCUGAGCAGCUUGGGCCCUCAUUCUGUUGGGUACAUGAGGAACCACGGUGGUGCUUAAACACAGGACUCCAUCCCCAGCCCUGUCGCCAGCCAGGGUGUAACCCAGCUCAUACAUUUGUGGCUCCGUGCUUCUUUUGAGCUCAGUGAACCUGAAUUUCCACGGGACUGAUGGAUCCCAAGACAUGCUUCACUGCAGCACGGGACAAUCGAGUCCGUGGCAUUCAGCACGACAGCUCCUGCGAGCUCGUCCAGUUGUGUGAGUUUCCUCCAGCUCCGAGCCACCUCUGCGAGGUUACAGCCAGGUGACUGCGCUCAGCCACCUGUUUGCCAUCCAUCCACCCAAGCUGACACUACAACUUGGUGGGCGCAACCUGAAAAUCCACUGCUGCCCCUCUGCGGGACAAGUGAGUUUACAGACGAAGCGUUUUAAUGCCUCCUUAUCGCGGACAUCUGGCUGAACUUCUCAUUUUCAGAACUCCCUAUUUGAGGGCAUUUCAUCACAGUUAAUAGCGGGAUCACGCUUGCAGUCAUUGCGGCGCGGCGCCGGGUCCCCGCUCCCUGCGGACGGGGGCGGCCAUUUCUACCGGCGGCGUUGGGCUCCACCGUCCAUUCACGCGCGCUGACAGCGCCUACCGCUCCCCCAUCACUUGAGGCCACGGGGAAAGCCCCGCCCGCCGCCACCGCGCUCCGGUGAGCGGGGGCCGCGAAUGGACGGCGCCGUGCAACCGCAGCCGCCCACCCCGCCCGGCCCGGCCCGGCCCGGCCAGGCCCUGCCCACCCCCACGGCGGCGCUGCCGGGCGGUGCGGAGCGUGCGCACUGCGCUCCCGCGUCCCCCUCAGCCCGGCCGGCGGAGUCGCGCGUCCCGGCGGCGCUGAAGAUGGCGGAGGGCGGCGGAGGCGCGGCCCUCCCCUCCUGCUCUUCCUCUUCUUCCUCCUCCUCCUUGAAGGGGCUGCGGGAGCAGAUGGUUGCUGCAGCCCAAGCCAUAGCAGAUGAAAGAAGAAGCCAAAGUGGUGUCAGCCCUAUUGCAGUCCAGACCUCAAUCAACAUAAAGACAGCAACUAAACCAGUGAUAGAUGGUUCCACUCUAAGAACAGAAGAAAGGCAAAGACUGGCCAGGGAGCGCAGAGAGGAGCGGGAAAAGCAAAAUGCUGCCAAAGAGACCCAAAUCCUUGAAAAGGAGAGAAAAGCAAAACUCCAGUAUGAAAAACAGUUAGAAGAAAGGCAGAGAAAGCUAAAAGAACAAAAGCAGAAAGAGGAACAACGGAGGGCAGCUGUAGAAGAAAAGAGAAAACAAAAAAUAGAAGAGGAAAAGGAGAGACAUGAAGCAGCUCUGCAUCGUACCUUGGAACGGAGUCAGCGUCUGGAAACACGACAGAAGAGAUGGUCAUGGGGAGGAUCUGUAACUCCAGAUUCAGAGAGCAAAACGGAGCAACAGACCACAGAUGAAGGUGAAACUGGUGCCAGCAAGCGGUCCACCUCCACAGCAAACCUCAAACCAACAGAAGCUGCCAUGAAUAAACGUUUGUCAUCAUCUGCAGCACUUUUAAAUGCUUCUGAUCGAAGUACCACAAAACGAAGCUCCUCGUUAAACAGACUGAAUAACAAAGUCCCUCUACACUCUCAGCAGUCAGCACUCAAAGGUUCACAGGUGGAACAGAAAGGAGGAGCAGAAAAGAAGAGGAGCACAUCUUUGAAUAGAAUGAGUAGUAAACCCCAUUCUUCUUCUGAACUAGAAAAAGUGAAAAAGGAAGAAAAACCAGCUCGUCGCUCCCAGGUCAGUCCUCUGGACAGUAGCGUAAUCAGUCGCCUCCUCGCCCCCACUCAGGCCUCCUUAGCUAGGAGUAAAAGUGCUGCUACAUUGUCGGCUGAUGGACAGGAUCCCUCAGAAUCUCACCUCUGUCCUCGUUCAGCUUCAGCCAGUUCCAUCACUUCCCCAGUCCCACCUCCUAAAGUGCCCGUGCGCAGUCGUAGCAUCGACAGAUUGAAGUCCUCUGUAUCUUCAUCUGAUGCAAGUUCACCAGAUCCAACCCAGAAAUCAGAGACUGAGAAACCAUCCCCAGGUUCUGGGUUGCGUCGCCCUUCCUCUCCAUCUGUGUCUGCCCGUAGAAGAUCCCCUUCUCCUGCUAAUUUGGUGAAGCGUCCUCCGUCACCAUCUACAGUUAGACAGAAGACUCGCCCACCUUCACCCAGUGUAUCAAAACAAAGGCCACCAUCUCCUACUCCGAUCUCUAAACCGGCACCCAUCCAACGCCCACCUCUCACACCAGGGGUUAUCAACAUUACCAAAAAGAAAACUGAAGCAGAGAGCAAACCAAAGGAUAAGAGCACAGAAGGAACGGGACAUGAGCAAGGUGCCCCACCAGCCUUGGACAAGGAUGCAGUAGCAGCUAGCACAAAGACCAAAGAAGAGUCAGGUAGCAAAGCAGCAGCAGGGACCACCACAGCUGAGGAAGCUGCUAAAAUCUUGGCAGAGAAAAGGCGUCUAGCACGGGAGCAGAGAGAGCGUGAAGACCAAGAGAGAAUUCAGAGACAGGAAGAGGAAAGAAUCAAAGAAGAAGAAAUGGCCAAGAGAGCAGUUGAAGAAAAAGCACGACGGGAAGAGGAGCUCCGCAAGCAGGAGGAAGAAAAGAGACUAGCUUAUGAGGAACAGCAGAGACAAGCUGAAGAGGAGAGAAUGCGCCGAGAACAGGAAGAGCAGGAAAAGCUCGCAGAGCUUCAGCACCAGAGGGAAGAAGCUGAAGCAAAAGCUCAAGAAGAGGCUGAAAGACAGCGGCUGGAAAGAGAGAGGAUUAUGCAGCAAAAUAUGCAGGAAAGGCUUGAAAGAAAAAAGAGAAUUGAAGAAAUAAUGAAAAGAACACGGAAAUCGGAUCAAAACGAAUCCAAGUUGCAGAAUGAAGGAAAGUCUGCUUGCGAGGUCAUGGAGGGAGAGGAUAUUGAAGAGGAGGAAGAGCUGGGACUUGAGAAGGCUGAUCAGCCAGGAAAGCUAAAUGGCAUUGAUUUACCCCAGGAAGUCAAAGGGGAGACAGGGGGUUGUGUACAGACUGCACGUAGCCUGAUCUCUACAGAAUCUGAGCAACACACUGUGACAGAGUUGAAGGCCAGUGAAGUAUUUAUGAAUGGCAGCGAUUUGAAAAGUGAUGAGGGGUCUCUAUUUUUUACUGAAUUAAAGGAUUCCAGCCAUCCUGCAAAAGAAAUGGUUAUCGAUGACUCAGCGAAGUUGGGUGUUAAUGAAGCUGAUCAUACCAGUGGACUUAUUCAGAAUCUUAAUGGAAAAUCUGAUUUGUGGACUUCUGAGGAAUUCAUUGACAUUGGAGUACAUUCCAAGUCAACCAAACUGAGUUCGGACAGUAUCUCUGCUGGUAACUGUAAUCAAAACUUGAAUGAUGCUGCUACAAUACCUUCUAGUCCCAAAUUGACUUAUGAGGAAGAUGGUGCAGUGAAUUCAUUGACCAAACCUAUAGAUUCUUCAUCAGGUAAUUCAAGCUGAUUUCCCUAUCUAUCUCCUCCUCUGUCUAGACAAUUAACUUUGUUGCAUUUUUACUCUCCUUGCCUUAACUUCAGCUUGUUAUUUUCAAGGCACUUUCUCCAACGUGUAGACUGGAGGGAAAGCUCUUUCUUUAGUGCUUGUAACUUGCAUUCUGACAAAAGAAGUCACCAGUUGAUGCCUUGUUAGGGAUUUGCUCUAUGCAGCAGCUAAGGCCUGACACGAAGGCUCUUCCAAAGACAAAGCCAAGCUCCUAUUUAGCUCCUGCAUCUCCUUUCAGCACUCAAGCCCAUCUGUUGUAUUCUUCUAUUCUGGUUUCUUCUAAGAUGUCUUAAAUGGCACAUGUUACUUUUGAAGAUGCUAACAGUUUAAUAGGUGUCUGAUGUAACUCCACAGACAAGACCCGGCUGCUUUCCCCUUUCCACUCCUAGGCAUGUUCUGUAACUUCUUGAUGCUGACCUGCAUGGUCUUGAAAGGUUUCUUCAGGCUCUGGCAAAGUACCUGUCCUCUAUACUUACUGUACAAUAGGCUUUCGCUUCACUGAAGGGGAGUAACACCAACCUUAAAUUCCACAAACGGUUGUGUUACGUGUUAGGAGGAGUAAUAAAGCUACACAUGCAAUAUUCAGAAUUUUCUGAAAGAAAUCAGGCUGCAUCUGAAGCCCAUGUACUUGAGGACCCAGACCCUGAUGCAGUGUAGUGUCAGAGAGGCCUCGGUGUGCUAGUUUUCUUAAGAUUAAACUGCUCAGUUGUUGGAGCUAAACCCCAAGUGAACGUACUCACAGCAGAAGAUCUCUGUCCAUGAGAUAAAUGACUGCGUGAACAGGUGAAAUAAAUGACAGUGGGAAGAAACAAGACUUGGUAUCCACAGUUUCUUUCAGUGAUGUGUAGCACUUCUUUUUAUUAAAGUGUAGCACUUUUCUAGACUGAACUGUUUCCUGAGUCUCCUCUGUCACUGUGCGUCUUGUGAAUUUCGGUCUGAUGGACAUAGAGACAUCCUGAGACUUUCCUGUGGGCCACUACUGAGUAGUCUGUGGGAACAGAACGAUUUAAUGUGAAACUGCUGAUCACAUUGUGUUGUGAUCAAAAUCAUUUACUUCUUCGUGAAGAAAGUGUUGCCUUUUAGUUCUGAACUGGAAUGUGUUUGGAGACAGUAGGCUUUAAGAAUUAUGCACACAACUUUGGAAAUUAAUACUCGUAUACUUCUUGCUUUUUGAAAGAAAAGCUACUAUGCUGAUGUUGCACUGUAAGUUACCAGGUGGUUCUGUGCUUACCCUCCUGGACGUAGACUCUGACAGUGACGACAGAUUUCUGUAGAAUACACACAGCAUGAUGGUUAAACGUUUUCUUUUCUUUGCUCUUUGGACAGAACUGUGAACACUAGAGACCUGGAAAUAAUCUGAUUGCACUUCAGUUAUCCAGUGUUUUAUCAAGUACCGAAGGCCUUGUUUUGAAAAGCUGCUUGUUUGCCUUUAUCCAUCUUCAAGUUUGCAAAAAACAUAAAUAACACCAGAGAGGGCUGACAAACUUCUAGAUUUGCACCUUGAAACAUUUCAGGGAGACUAUUGUGCUGAUGUUCCUUUUCCAUUUGUUUAGUUUAGUUGUUAGAGAGGAUUUCCUUGUUCAAGUAACUGUUGUUUCCCCUCUUACAGACGUUACACUGACCUGUUGGAGUCUGUUUGUUUUCCUAUCAGUAUAACACAUAGCAAUGUGCCACUGGGGACUUCCCAGUUAGCUACGGGCCAGGUUUUGUGUAUUCCUAAAACAGUACUUGAAGCUUACUUACUCAGCGUGUAUUAAAGCUGAACACCAGUGGUAAUGUUCUGGAAAAACACUGUAUGCUUGUUGGGUCACGUGCUAUUUAAAAAUGCGAAAUUGAGUCUCUUCCGUUUUGAAUUGAGAAGGAAAAUGUCUUACUUUCUAAUGUAAAAAUCCGGGCGGUUUCAAAAUGCAGUGUUGUGUCAUCACUAAUAUGUUUUAACCUAUUGGGAAACAUCACAACAUUAUACAGCCUGUGCACUAAUGUACUGCAAAACUGUCGAAUACCUGGAUGCGUUUGUCAUAGUGCAGUUUAACAUGUCAUGCUUUUAAAAAUGUUUUCCUUUUGAAUUAUUUAUCUACACUCGUGUAAGUAUUAUUUUAUUGUGUACAUAACAGUAUUAGACCAUUGAAGUCAUAUUUUGUUCAUGUUAAUUACUCCAAGUAUUCCUGUUCUAGCUUUAUAAUAGUGACUGCAAGCUGCAUAUGUAUUUCCCUCCCCCUACAGCCUGCAGUAAGUAAUCUAUUUAACCUGAACUUGCCUGCUUUACAGCAUGAAGAGAUUAACUAAGCAUCUUCUGAAAACUGCUACUAGAAUUAAUAAUGCAGUCUUGUUCCUGUGUCUCCUGUAACAGAGGUACUGAACAAUUAAGCGAUUAAUUUAAAGAAUGGCUAUCUGAAAUCCUGCUAUAAACCCUUGGCUGAUACUUCAGGUCAGAUGAAUCAUCCAAAUGGCAGCUGCAUUUCCAGUGGUUAAUGAAAAUGGUUUUGCUGGAACUAAAAAUGUUCUUUCCCCAGUGAUUACAAUAGGAAACCCUCAGCCUUCUUCCUCCGUUUGCUGUUCAGAAUAUGGUAGUACUGUUUUAGACUUUAGAGCAGUGCCUUAGGUAAAAAGAAAGAUGUAUUUUUGUACGAUAAGCUGUUUCAUUCUGGCAGAGACAAUCAUCCUAACAAAAGAUGCGGAUAUUUUUUCUGUGCCGAUAUUGUUUGUCCAACGGUCUGUUACAGCUCUAUGUAAAUACGUGCGCACUGUUAAAUAAACUUUGCAGUUGAACAAUG